AUGAUCCAGUACGAUUUGGGCGGCGCGCCGUUCGGGUCGCGCAAGGCGUCGUUCAGCCUGUACGCGUCGUCGGGGCUGUCCACGUCAGCAGCGUCGGAGGCGGAUCUGAUGCGCGCCGUGAUCGUGAUGCCGAUCCAACGGAUCAACUUCACCCUCCUCGAUGAGGUGGUGGCGGGAUCCCGCAAGGUGGGAGGGCUGCUCUUCAUCCUGCCACGUCACUUCAGCUCCUCGCUGCCAGAUGGCGGUCAGGGAGAGGAGGACGAUGCGGACGAUGACGCCAGCAAGGCCGGGGCAGGAGAGGGCGCGGGGGAGGUGAAGGAGCACGUGGAGGUGGUGGCGCGGCUAGAGGAGCGGCUGCUGGACGCCAACAUACCGGUGCCUGUGUAUUUCGCUGUUGACAAUGCUGAGCUGUCAAAGCUGGCGGCUGACGUGGAGAGCAACGACAGGGCGGGCAAGCCAGCAUCGGCCACCAAUGGCGGCUUCAAGCUGGUGGUAACAGCAGGCGAGCCCCGCAAGCUGCCGGCCUCCUCGCCCCUGCCGGCAUUGGAGGCAUGGCUGUACGGCGACGGGCAGGGGCAGGGGCAGGCGCAGGGCGGGAGGAGGGAGGCGCUGCCCAUAGUGGCGGUGGUGGCGCCGCUUGACACCUUCGGCCUCGUGCCUUCGCUCGCAUCCGGCCCGGCCAGCAGUGCCAGCGGGGUGGCGGCGGUGCUGCAGGUGCUGCGCCUCUUCUCGCGCCUGUUCGCGCUGCUGCCCUCUGCGCGUCCGCCCUUCCACCUGCUCUUCCUGCUCUCCUCCGGGGGACCCUUCAACUUCGACGGCACUCGCCAGUGGCUAGCCUCGUUGGACCAGAGUGUGCAGGACCGCCUCGAGUUCGCCAUCUGUCUGCGCGCCAUUGGUGCAGCGCCAGGGGCAGCGGAGGGGGGCAGUGGGUUGCACCUGCAUGCGUCGCGGCCUCUCAAGGACCCCACCAUCAGUGCACUCUUCCAUGGCCUGUCCUCCGCUGCAGCAGCCGCGGACCCACGGACCUCCAUCGCCCUGGUGCACAAGAAGGUGAACAUCUCGGACGCGCGUGUGCCGUGGCAGCACGAGCUCUUCUCGCGCCGCAAGCUCGUUGCCGCAUCGCUCUCCUCCCUGCCCUCCGCGCCGCCCUUCCUGCGCCACUGGGGGGGGCUGGCUGACACCAGGGAGUCAGUGGGCGAGCACCAGUUGCUGGCUGCCACGCGCCUCAUUGCUGAAACCAUUGCGAGCCACAUUUUCAACAGCAGCAGCACCAGCACAGCCCCAUCUGAGGGAGCGGCGGCAGCCCCUCCCCCCAUCGCCUUCUUCCCACCCAACUCAUCGCUCGCCCCCAGCCUCCCCUACCUCUCUCACUGGCUCUCCCUCCUCUCCCGCGCGCCACGUGUCGCCCCGCUAUUGGCCAAGGACGACCCAAUAAUUGCCGCCAUCCAAGCAGAGCUGGCGUUGCAUGCGGACAAGGUGGAGGUGAGGAAAGCAGCUCUGGACCCGCACUACACACUCUACUCCACGCCGCAUGCUCAGAUGCACAUUUACCAGGUGGCCAGCAUCACCUUCGAUUUAGUCACAUUCCUUGCAGUGGCCAUCUACCUCUCCUCGCUCUUCGUCAUCCUCCAUACAGCCACCAAGGGCUUUGACGACCUGGUGGCGCUCUUCAAGGGCAAGCCCGCCUACCGCAAGGCAAAGCCUUCGCUCAAGUGCACGCCAUUUGAGCCGCAUGUGACGGUGAUAGGAGCGUUUGGGGCGAGGGAGGGGUUGGACGAGCAGGAGGUGGUGAAGCGCAUGGAGCGAUUGAGUGCGUCCUUAAAGCCAUACGACAUCCAAGUCAUGGAGCUGGCUGCUGGUCGGCUCUUCUUCCAAUGCGUGUACAUCAAGAUGCUGCCUUCAAAAGAGGUGCUCCAUGUGCACAACAAGGCAGUGGAAGUGAUGGGCAUGGACAAGAAUUCCGUUGCUGCAUACAUGCCUCAUCUCAGCCUCAUUUAUGGUGAUCUCUCAGACACCCAGAAGCAGGACGCCAAAGCAGCGGUUGAAGAGACAUUUUCAUCCCUGCUCCCUCCCAAGUCCGCAUCGCUACCAUCUCCUUCCUUCCAUGUUUCAUCGCUCGCACUCUACCGCACUGAACCCACUGACCUCACUAUGAGUACUUGGGAAAGAAUAGCGGUGUUCCCACUCAGUGAAUCUGACAGCCUUCAAUUUCGGCAGAGCACCAUGAGCGUGGUCGGCUUCGAUGUGGGGAACGAGAGGGGCGUGGUAGGCAUUGCGCGACAACGCGGAAUCGACAUCGCGCUUAACGAGGAGUCCAACCGCGAGACCCCCAAUGUCGUCUGCUUCGGCGAAUCGCAGCGAUAUCUGGGCGUCGCAGGAGCGGCGUCGUACACGAUGAACCCUAAGAACACGGUGUCGCAGAUCAAGCGCAUGAUCGGGCGGAAAUUCGCAGAUCCCGAGUUCCAGAAGGACCUCCCGAUGUUCCCGUUCCGCUGCUCAGAAGGCCCCGACGGCGAUAUUCUCGUGCACGUCAUGUACAUGAACGAGCCCAGGACGUUCACGCCCACCCAACUUCUUGCGAUGGUUCUGAAUGGAUUAAAAGCGAUCGGCGAGAAGGACCUGGGGUCGAAGAUCACGGAUUGCGUGAUCGGCAUCCCCGUAUACCUCACCGACGCGCAGCGCCGCGCGUAUCUCGAUGCUGCCACCAUCGCGGGGCUGCACCCGCUUCGGCUAAUGCACGAGCCGACGGCCACCGCGCUGGCGUACGGAAUCUACAAGACGGAUCUGUCGGAAACCGAGCCACUCAAUAUCGCGUUCGUGGACAUCGGGCACUCGACGAUGCAGGUGUCGAUCGUGGCGUUCAAGAAGGGCCAGCUGAAGGUGCUGGCGCACGCGUUCGACCGGUCGCUGGGCGGGCGCGACUUCGACGAGGUGCUCUUCAACCACUUCGUCGACGAGUGCGCGCGCAACCACAAGCUCGACAUCCGCUCCAACGCGCGCGCGUGCCUCCGCCUGCGCACCGCGUGCGAGAAGCUCAAGAAAGUCCUCAGCGCCAACCCCGAGUCGCCGCUGCACGUGGAGUGUCUGAUGGACGAGAAGGACGUGACGGGCUUCCUCAAGCGCGACCAGUUCGAGCAGAUGGCCAAGCCCAUCCUCGAGCGCGUCAAGGCGCCUUGCGCGCGCGCGCUGCUCGAGUCGGGCAUCACCGUCGAUCAGAUCUCAGCCGUCGAGCUGGUGGGGUCCGGGUCGCGCGUGCCGGCCAUCAUGAAGAUUCUCGCAGAGUUUUUCGGCAAGGAGCCGCGCCGCACGAUGAACGCUAGCGAGUGCGUCGCGCGCGGGUGCGCGCUGCAGUGCGCCAUGCUCAGCCCCGCCUUUAAAGUCCGCGAGUUCGAGGUGCACGACACGUACCCGUUCGCCAUCGCACUCUCGUGGAAGCAAGCGAGCGCGGCGACGUCCGCGGAGGGCGCUGAGGGCGGCGGAGAGGAGGCGGCGGCGCAGCCGAACCAGGUGGUGUUCUCGAAGAACAACCCGCUGCCGAGCUCGAAGCUGCUGACGUUCUACCGCACGGAGGCCUUCACCAUCGACGCCUUCUACGCCAACCCCGAGGACCAGACCGUUGGCGCCAACACGCGCAUCGGCACCUUCACUGUAGGUCCGUUCGCACCGUCGCGGCCGGAUUCGAAGCCGAAGCUUAAGGUGAAGAUCCGACUCAACCUGCACGGCAUCCUGUCCGUCGAAUCCGCCACGCUGCUGGAGGAGGAGGAGGUGGAGGUGCCGGCCAAGAAGGACGCCAAGGACGCCGCUGCUGCCCCCGCAGCCGCCGAUGCAGCUGGGGCGCCCAUGGAGGCCGAUGCUGCUGCUGCUGCAGCUGGUGGCGCGGAGGGCGAUGCCAAGAUGGAUGAUGCCGCUCAACCAGCCAAGGACGUGCCGAUCGAGGCGCACCUGGUGGGGGGCCUGCCUCCUGCAGCGCUGCAGCAGCUGGUGGAGGAGGAGUUUGCGAUGGCGCUGCAGGACCGCGUUAUGGAGGAGACCAAGGAGAAGAAGAACGCCGUUGAGAGCUACGUCUACGACAUGCGCAACAAGCUGCACGACAAGCUAGCAGCAUACGCGUCCGACGCAGAGAAGGAGAAGCUGCUGGCGCGGCUGCAGGAGACGGAGGACUGGCUGUACGAGGACGGGGAGAGCGAGAGCAAGGGCGUGUACACCACGCGCCUGGAGGAGCUCAAGCGCCUCGGCGACCCCAUUGAGGCGCGCCUCCGAGAGGAAGAGACGCGCCCCGCCGCCCUGCAGUCGCUGCAGUACUGCAUCGGAAGCUUCCGGGAGGCUGCCCUGUCUACGGAUGCGAUGUAUGCGCACAUUGACCCCAAGGAGAAGGCGCAGGUGGUGGAGGAGUGCAACAAGGCGGAGAUGUGGCUGAGGGACAUGCUCUUCCAGCAGCAGAAGCUGAGCAAGAAGGACACCCCCGUGCUGCUCGCUGCCGACCUACGGAAGAAGGCAGAGACCCUCGACAGGUUCUGCAAGCCCAUCAUGACCAAACCCAAACCAGCUCCCAAGCCUGCUUCCGAGCCCAAGCCUGAGCCUGCUCCCGAGGCUCCUAAGGCAGGUGGCGAGCCGAUGGAGACAGAAGGGGCAGCAGGAGAGGGUGCUGCAGAGGCGGGUGGCGAGGCGGCAGCAGGAGAUGCCAAGCCUCCGGCCAUGUCCUUCUCCAUGGAUUUCCGCUCGCUGGGCCGAGACCUUGCCCUCGCGUCGCAGAGCGCGGUCGGCUCGUCCAAGGACUUUCUGGACCUAGUUAAAGCCAUAGGAGAGGCGAAGUCGAAGGCGGAGGAGGAUAGGAUUAUGGCGGGAGAGCUGGAGCUGCUUAAAAAAAAGAUAUCUGAGCCGGACGUGCCUAAGAAGCGAAUGAAAGAGUACAUCCUUCGUCUCAUGUACCUCGAGAUCCUCGGUCACGAUGCGUCGUUCGGUUACAUCCACGCCGUGAAGAUGACACACGACGACAACCUUCUGUUGAAACGCACAGGUUAUCUCGCGUGUACGCUUUUCCUGGACGACUCGCACGAUUUGAUCAUAUUGAUAGUCAACACGAUUCAGAAGGAUCUUAAAUCCGACAAUUACCUCGUCGUAUGCGCGGCGUUAGGAGCCGUCUGCAAAUUAAUCAACGAGGAAACCAUUCCGGCGGUCUUGAACCCAAUAGUAGACCUCCUUAAGCAUCCCAAGGAGCUGGUUCGGAAAAAGGCGGUGAUGGCGCUACAACGGUUCCACCAGCGAUCGCCGUCCAGCGUGUCGCACGUGACGGAGAAGUUUCGCCAGGCGCUGUGCGACAAGGACCCGAGCGUGAUGAGCGCGUCGCUGUGCGGCCUGCACGACCUGAUCGCGGCGGACCCGGCGCCGUACCGCAACCUGACAGCGUCCUUCCUGAGCAUCCUCAAGCAGGUCGCCGAGGGCCGUCUACCCAAGUCCUUUGACUACCACCGCGUCCCCGCUCCCUUCAUCCAGAUAAAGCUGCUGAAGCUGCUGGCGCUGCUGGGCGCCAACAACCAGGCGGCCAGCGAGCCCAUGUACCCCGUCAUCGCUGACGUCAUCAGGCGCAUCAGCGAGUCGCAGCCCAAGGCGGGGACGACGGGUCGGCGGGACGACUCGCAGGUGACAGCUGGCAACGCGAUCCUGUACGAGGCGAUCCGCACGGUGGCUGCAAUUCACCCGAGCGAGCAGCUGCUGGCGUCGUGCGCCGCCAUCACCUCCUCCUUCCUCAAGAGCAGCGUGCACAACCUGCGGUACAUGGGCGUGGACUGCCUGGCGCAGAUCGUGCGCAUCAACCCCGACCUGGCCACGGAGCACCAGAUCGCCGUCAUUGACUGCCUUGAAGACCCCGACGACUCGCUCAAGCGCAAAACACUUGAUCUCCUUUAUAAGAUGACGGGCCCCGGGAACGUGGAGGUGAUAGUGGAGCACGUGCUGCAGUACCUGCGCGGGCUGCGGUCGGGGGAUGAUGCGCACGCGCAUGGGCGCGCUGACCUGGCGGCGAGGAUUGUUGAGCUGGCGGAGAGAUUUGCGCCGUCCAAUGAGUGGUUCAUUCAGACAAUGAACAGUGUGUUUGAGGUGGCGGGGGACGUGGUGCGCCCCAAGGUGGCGCACGACCUCAUGCGCCUCAUUGCUGAGGGAUCGGGCGGUGACAACGAUGACGCCGACUCGCGCCUGCGCUCCUCCGCUGUGCAAUCAUACGUGAAGCUGCUCAAGGAACCGAACCUGCCCACGCUGCUGCUCCAGGUCAUAUGCUGGGUGUUGGGGGAGUAUGCCACGUCAGACGGCCACAUGUCAGCGGAUGAAGUUAUGGCAAAGCUGUGUGACGUGGCAGAGGGCCAUGACACCGACGACACUGUCCGGGCGUACGUGCUAUCAGCCAUGGCCAAGGUGGUGGCGUAUGAGGCGGCGUGUGGGCGGCAGGCACGGCUGUCGGGGGAGGCUGGGGCGCUGGUGGAGGAGAUGGUGGCGGCGCACAGCACGGACGUGCAGCACCGCGCCUACCAGCUGCAGGCGCUGCUCGCCCUCCGCCCCGACACCCUCGCUGCCGUGCUGCCCGUCGAUGCUAGCUGUGAAGACAUCGAGAUCGACCCAGCGCUGCCGUUCCUGGAUGGGUACGUGGCGGACUCGCUGGCAGCCGGGGCGCGUCCCUACCUCUCGGAGUCAGACCGCCUAAACUUCUCCGUGGGUGCAGAUACCACCUCCCUCGCCUCCUCCCUGCACGACUCCUCUGCAUCUGCUGCUGCGCGCCACUCAGACCGCACGCUGCGCUUUGAGGCAUACGAGCAGCCCAAGCUGCCCGCCGCACCCCUCACUGCCUCACAGCGUGGCGGCACCGGUGGCAGUGCGUUCUCCUCCUCCUCUGCUGCUGCCUAUUCGUCCGCGAAUCCUCCUCCUGCCCUCUCUGCUACUUCGUCUGGAGGAUUCCGGGAGUCGUCCGGUGGGGCCUAUGGGGGAGGGGAGGCGAGCAGCGGCAGUGGGGGAGGUGCAGCAGAUGGUGCUAGGCUGAACCUCUCAGGCGUGCAACGGAAGUGGGGCCGUCCUGCUGCGCCCCCUCCGUCUGCUGCUCCUUCUUCUUCCGCUCCUGCAGGACCUUCUGCUGACUCAUUUUCUAUCCGUGCUGACUCAUCUGCUUCAGCAGCAGGAGCAGGGGUUGCAGCAUCAGGCGCAACCGCAGGGAGAGGGGGGAGAGCGAAUGAGAGCAGUCAAGUGAGCGAGGAGAAGCAGAGGCUGGCAGCGAAGCUGUUUGGGGGCAAGGGAGCAGCAGGUGGGGGUGCAGCCGCUUCAUCUGGCCUGGCAGGGACGAGGUCUGAGCCAAGAACGGUGGGGGCAGGAGGGCCGUGGGGCAAACGAGGGUCUGGAGGAGCAGCAGAUGGUGCUGCUUCCAGUGCUCCUGCACCCCCUCCUGCCCCUGCUGCCCCCGUGGCUGACCUGUUGCUGAUGGAUCUCAAUGAUGACCCGCCCCCAGCGAACAUGGCAUCCAUGCUUGACAGCUCAGCAGCAGCCCCUGCCAGUACAGCUGGUACUGCUUCAUUGGACCCUUUCAAGGCUCUGGAGGAGCUGACAGUGAUGCCAGCUGGUGAACCGCUAUUGGCUGAGAUCAGCAUGAGUGGCGGUUCGUCUGCCAGCAUGAGCUCAACAGCCACUGCAUCUCCUGCACCUGCACUCUCUGGUGCGGUUGGUGCUGCGGAUAAGUCAGCGAACGGGGCAGCCAUCGGUGGGGCGGUGGCCAUUGGUGGGCGAACAGCAGUGGGAGCUGCAGCUGCAGCAGGUGCAACAGCCAAGGGCCGAGAUGCUGCUGCUCGCAGAGCUGGAGUGGUCACUCCAGAAUCGGGCGCAAACCCUGAACUGUUCAAGGACCUGUUUUGA